UCCUACCCACCUCUCUCUUUCUCUCCCUCGCUUCCGUGAAAAGGAAACUUCCCUCGGUCUUUAUUGCUUCGGUGAAAAAGAAACUUCACUCCGCGUGCUCUGUCAGAGUCAGUGUGUAAGGAGAGAAAUAUAUAGCACAGCGCAUAAUUUCAACGUGAUGGGACAUUAACCGAAGACAGACAGAGCUCUGCAAUUAACUUCAUCCUUGACAACAACAACACAUUGGUGUGGUAUCAGGGGUUACCGAACAACAGUCUGACUCUGGAAUAAGACUUUGGAGAAAUUGAUGACAAGUUUACAGAUCUGAGUGGGAUUGUAAGCAGCAGCAAGAGCAAAGGCCACAUACUUUUCGAUUGACCUUGGUCUAAGAUGGUUGAAGAGAAAUAAUGAUUUUUUCUCUCACUCCAACAGAAUGAAAAUGAGAUGUGUUUUUCCAAGCAGACUGCGGAAGAAUCAUUUUAUUUCUUCUUUAUCGUCGCUGCUAGGGAUCUGUGCCUUGCUGCUGCUCUGCCUAAAGGUCACAGUUAAAAACAGUGUUACUAUUGAACAGUACGGGACUACCGCAGGCUACGGUGACGUCGAGCCUCCCCACCGCUACAACAUUGACUGCAAUGCCAUCUACAACAUGGAUCCGGCCGAGGUGGGGAAGUCGCUGGUCAUCAGAAAACAAGGGGGGGUGUGGGAGCAGGAUGAGAACUUGAUCAACCUGACCUCUAACUGCCCGCGCUACCUCCGCUCCCGGGGCUAUGGGGCCGUCCAGGUGUCCGAAGAGGAGCAGGCCUUCCCACUGGCUUACUCCCUGGUGGUCCACAAAUCUGCUUCCAUGGUGGACAAGAUCCUCCGGGCCGUCUACACCCCCAACAAUAUCUACUGUAUCCACUACGACCUGAAGUCAUCAGAACUGUUCAAAGAGGCCAUGGAGGGUCUGGCCCGCUGUCUGCCCAACGUCUUUAUCGCCUCUAAGCUGGAGACAGUGAUGUACGCCAGCAUUAGCCGCCUCAAAGCUGACCUUAACUGCCUGGCUGACCUCAUGGGGUCAGAGGUCAAGUGGAGGUAUGUCAUCAACCUGUGCGGUCAGGACUUUCCCUUGCGCUCCAACAUAGAGCUGGUGGCCGACCUGAAGAAGCUCCAGGGAGGUAAUAUGAUGGAGACGAGUCGUCCAAGCAAAUACAAGAAGCAGCGUUUCUCCUUCCACCACAAGCUGCAGGACGCCGCCUUCGAGUACAUCCAGAUGCCGGUGAAAACCGACAAGGCCAAGGAGCCUCCCCCACACGGCAUCCAGAUGUUCAUCGGCAGUGCCUACUUCGUGCUCUCGCGGGAGUUUGUAGUGUACGUGAACACGUCUACACUGGCCAGGGAUUUCCUGGUGUGGUCGAGCGACACCUACUCCCCAGACGAACACUUCUGGGCCACUCUGACACGGGUGCCAGGCGUGCCGGGCGAGGUGCCCCGGGCCCAGGCCGACGUCACAGACCUAAUGAGCAAGACCAGGCUGGUGAAGUGGAGUUACCUGGAGGGACCGCUUUACCCAACAUGCACAGGGAAACAUGUCCGCAGUGUGUGUAUCUAUGGGGCUGCGGAGCUGAACUGGCUCAUGAACUACGGCAGCUGGUUCGCCAAUAAGGUGGACCCCAAAGUUGACCCAGUCCUUAUCCAGUGUCUGGAGGAGAAAUUACAGGAGAAACAGAGACUCUUGGUCAAGGCUAAGAAGUCACAACCAAAGACUCCCUCCUCUGGAAAAUGUUAAAUGAAUGGAUGAAUGAUUGAUUGAUUAAUAAUUGCUUGAUUCAUGUUGGAAUUUGAACCACUGUAAUUACAGCACCAUUUUAGUAUUAAAAAAAAAAAUGUGUGAGUUGAUUAUGUCAGAUUAACUUAAUUGAGGUGUGCUUUAUGGUACUAAUGAAAGAUGAAGUGGAAUGCUGGAUGAGAGACUCUGUCAGGUCUCUGGGUUAGAGUUAAACUAUUGUUUUGCAACUUGAUACUUGACGUGGGGAAUGUUUGUCAUAGCCUGACUUGAAUGUAAUAUGGAUCAGGGUAACAUAACCAGGGUAUAACCUCUGCUCACAGGGUGAAAGCCUGUGACAACCAGGGUAUAAUGACUAUGUAUAUUUAACUAAUACACACUGGGCACAAACUGGUUGAGUCAAAUCAAAAUCCAAUGUUAUUUGUCACAUACACAUGGUUAGCAGAUGUUAUUGCGAGUGUAGCGAAACGUUGUUUCCACGUUAUUUCAAUAAAAUUACGUUGAACCCA